AUGGGCGUGGAGGGCGACGCGGGGUCGUCCCAUGCACAGGCUGUGCGCUUCCUCACAUCCCUGCGAUCGCAGGAUGGCGCAGCCUCUUCUGGUCCAUUGGUCCUGACCGAGGAGCAGCGUUCGUUCUUGCAAUCCAAAGGUCUGGAUGAUGAAGCCAUCGAGCGUGCGCGGCAAGAUGCCGAGCGUCCAGAGAAUGCUGUCAUGGCGCGUGCCUAUGCCGAAGAUCGCGCUCGUAUUGAAGCAUCCAAUGAUGCUGAGGCCUUUACCAAGGCAUCACAGGCCUUUGAUGAGCCAUUGAGCGUGCCCUCCGACGUCCCUACGCCACCGGCAGCGUCUUAUCCGCGCUCGCCAUUGGCUCUGUACCAAACAUCCAAGCCGCCUGGCCCACGCGACGCAAACGAGAUCCUUUCCAAGCUGGCGGCGACUAUGACGCGCCCACGCUAUGAUGUCCUUGUCACGUUUUUCCGUCUUCUUCAUAUGUUCCUGCUAUUGGGUGGUGGCGCCUCAGCUGUGAUGGUCGCCCUAUACCGCCGCUACUUGAUGCCUCGCUUGACAGCCAUGGUCGACGCGCGUGUCAACUUGAUGGCUUUGCAGCGUGAUCUGUUUGGUAAAGUCCUUGACUCUAUGCGGGCGUUGCAGUCUGUGCAUCUGUACAAGCUUCUUCCGGUGGGCUAUGAGCCUACGUGGAUCGAAGUGGACGAGCCUACGGAGGAGAAGGUGGAGCACCCUGUUGAUACGACCAAGGAAAAACAGGACGAGACUACUGCGUCUACUGAGACGCCCAAGGACGAGGAGCCAAAGACGAGCGAGGAAAGGCCCGCUGCCGAUACCACUGUCGCCGAUGCGGACGCCGAUGCGGCCGCCGACGAACUGCCACCCCCUCGCCGUCGUCGUGUGUUGGCGCCCAUUGAUGUGACGCAGUCGUUGCGUUCGUCGUUGGACCGCCUAUCCCAAUCGCUCCAGGAUGCCCGGUCUCUACGUACGCCUACGGCGUCUGUGACGGACGAGGACGACGAAGGCUUGCUGGAUUUGACGCCCGUUGGGCCGGGUACGUUGGUACGUGACUCGACCGCGGGCAGUGCCGCGUAUACACCGACCCAGAGCAUGUCGUCGUUCCGCUCCUCCCUGGAUUCUGUGCGCAACGAUCUUCGUGCCAAGCUGCUGUCCGAGGAAGAUGUUGUGAGCGUGAUCGGGAAUCGCUUUAGUGCAUUUGCCCAGUCGUCUACCCGCGCCACUUCGGGUCCGGCUGUGGAGAUGCUCCAGAUCAAGGCGGAAAUUCGCAGUUUGAAAGGUCUUAUGCUCAGUCGCCGCAAUUUCCCCUCGUAUCUUCGUACGUCGCGCGUGACGCCCAGCUUUGGGACUACUGUACAACAAUCAUAG